AUGCCAGAAGAGGAGCACGGGAACAGUUCUGAAGAGGAGGAAGAAGAAGACGAGCCUGUGCCCGUUCGUCAACAACAAGUUAGAAUGGUUGUUACGGAUGCUUCUAGUGGUUAUGGCCAGGAAUCAACCACAGAUUCUCCAAUAGCUAAAACAGCCCCACAAGCAAUUGUCACAACAACAAGUACAACAACAAAAGUUGCUGGCAACGAAGAUGUAUCUGAAGCCCAAGAGGCUGCUAUUGAAGCGGCUCGUAAACGUCAUCAAGAGGCUAUAGAAAAAGCUAGAGCUGAGGCAAUAAAAAUGCAAGAAGAAGCGCGUGCUAGGGCAGAAGCUGCACGUCAACAGCAACAACAACAAUUUCAAGAACAACAGAAAUUGGCGAGUUUUUAA